AUGAGACUUUUCUCGUCUUGGUUUUUUAUAGAGACUUGCAAAGCUUUUGAUGUGACAUAUUUAUGUAAUAAAGAGAUAUUUAUAAAGACAGACUCGGAAAAAUACCUAAAUGGCGAUCUCGGCGGGACGCGUCCGCGACUGAUUGAUCAAAAUGUCGGCCCAGGAUUCAAAUGGUAUGUCAACUGCAAGACUGACAAACAAGGCAGCACCACAAAGUUUAUAUUCACGUCAGAAAAUAAUAGAAAUCUGCGUUGGAAGAACUAUGGUGGCGUCGAGUUGAAAUCUGAAGACCAUAUUUCAAAAAAUUCUUACUGGAAAAUCAUCGAAGACGACGCCGGAGCUGAUUCCGGUCUUUACGUUAUCUCUUCUGCCCAGAAAACCAAAUCAACGAGUCUUCACUGUAUGACAGAGUGGAUCGCCGGAGGAAUACUUACGACAGCACCUUGCAAAUAUAACAGAGGAACUGGGUUCAAAUUCGAGAUGAUGAAUACUGAAGAUGCAUAUUUAGGGCUACAAAGAUUUGAUGAUCUCUUAUCGGAGUGGUCGAGCUGGGGCACAUGUCAUGAAGGAAUAUGCAAUCAAAGCCGUAGACGAGAGUGCAAAAACGACGCCAACUGCGUUGAACCACUCAUUGAGUAUCAAACUUGUCCUUUGGUCGAAACCAUUAAAAACCACGAUUGGAACAGUUGGUCGUCGUGCAAAGAAAAUGGCAAACGAACUCGAAGUCGGCACGUAUCUUCAAAAUGCGACAUGUAUUUCCUUGACAAACAUCCCAACUAUCACAUAAGCGAGCAGACUUCAGAAUCGGCUGAUUGUACUGCUUGUACUCCACCUGAAUGGUCUGACUGGCAGAGAGACGAUUCGGGAUGCAAACUUAUAAGACAGUGCAUUGUUUUGGAGAACCAGGAUCCUUCGUGUAACAGAGAGUGCGUGGGGAAGGCGGAAAAAGAAGUUGCAUGUUCAUCAGCGACAAUUUGCAAUAAAGUCGUCCAGCUGACUAAUCACCGUAGAAGGGCCCUUACAUUAAAAAGAAACAAGAAUGAGAACGAUAGUAAAGUCACAUAUCGUUCCAUAUCGCACAACAUCGAACCCUCGGAUGACUCUCUGUGGACCAUUUGCUGCAACCCAGAGGAUGGAGAAAACGUAGCCGUUCUGUACAAUGAGCCUUACAAUCUCAAACUUAUCAAGGAUCACGAAUCGGAUCGCCUUAUUGGUUCGCAUUGCCGCGAGAGUAGCCCUUGCGUUGGUAGAGAUUUAUGGAAAAUUCAUGAUUUUCCGAGUAAAUCUGAAGCAAGAAUCGAGUAUGAAGCUAAGCACAGAAGAUUCAUUGAUGGAUUUUCUUAUCCACAAUUGAUGAAAGUUCCUCGGUCAGCCAGUUCACGCGAAAAUGUGAAAAAGCGAACUACUUUGGGAGUAAAUAUCAUUAGAGAUGCAAACUGCCAUGCUUUCAAAUCGACUCGAUGUGAGUCAGAUUGGACGGAAUGGGAUGCUUGUGACGCUGUUUGUGGAAAUGGAUUCAGACAGAGAAGAAGGUUCUGCUACGGAAUGCUUGAGGAAGACAACGAGCCCUGUAUUGCAUUAGAUAAUUAUGGGGACGAGAUAUUAUGCGAGGACUGUGUUUGGUCUGAUUGGACGGAAUGUUCUGCUUCAAGUUGUGGCGGAGAAAGUCAGCGUAUUCAAACGUGCACUGGCAAUAGAAUAAAUGAUGUGGAAACAAAGCCUUGCAAUCAACAAGCGUACACUGUAUGGAGUGAUUGGAGGCAAACGACCGAUUGCGAUGAGAGCUGUGAGGCAGUAGAGGAGCGAGAUUGUAUCAUUAUCUGUGGCAUUCUGGACGGAGAAUGCGAAGGCGAGCGAAAACGAAAUAUAACUUGUUCCGAGGACGAAUGCACCAAUGAAACGAUUGCAUUCGCACCAAAGCCACAAGAUUUUGGACUUUUCAACUUCUUAUUGAAAUUGGCCUACGACAACGACUACAACUACGACUACAACUACGACAAGUACAACAUCUACUACAACAUCUACUUCAACUACCUCGACAACUACAACCACCACCACAACCACAACAACUACGACAUCGACGACCUCAACGACAACUACAACAUCGACUACAUCAACAUCAAGUACUACAACGACCACAACGACAACAUCAACAACGAGUACCACAACAACAACAUCUACAACAACUACGACUACUUCUACCAGCACUACUUCCACUUCCACAACAUCAACAACAACAACUACCUCGACAACGACGACAACAAAGGACCGUCAAUGAAAGAUCUUUGUGGCACUGACAUUAUGCUUUAUUCAAUCAAAGAAACAGCUUUUCUAGGUAUGCAAAAUGGUAUAACAGACAUGGUUGACACAAUGCGUUUCUACGACGAUAUUGACUCCACUCUUACCCUCACUUGUUUUGACACGCCAGAAUCAUCUGAUUUCCAAAAUGUUCGGUUAAAGUUCACAACUAAUUCGGGCGAAUUUUACAUGGGAUACAGUGAUGAUUACAAAAAGCAUCUUACAAUGUAUGGGAUGGAAGGAUUCGGUCCCCGAGAAGAAGAGUUGACGAUGUUCGAAAUGUUGAUCGAAGACGUUGGGGAUAUUCCAUGGACGCGAAUUCUCGUCCCUGGUGGUAAUUUUUACUUGUCAGCAAGAGGGUCCAUCAGAGUUGUUCCGAUGACCCGCAAAGAUACUGCCGCAGAGUGGCUGGCGAUUCCGCCGAUUCCUAAAUGUGCCUUUUCAAGUUGGACAGAAUGGGGCGAAUGCAGCGCAACUUGUGGUCAAUCCUCCCGUUCACGAGAGAGAGUGCCGGUUGGUGACUUCGCAAGCUGGAAACUCACGAAUACUUUUUACAAAAUUCAUACAAGCGAACCAUGUGAAACGGAACUUUGUCCUAUCGAAACUUUUGAUUAUUAUUAUCUUUACUAA